AUGCAAUCCUGCCGCGAUGCAGCAGACCUGAUUGCAAGGGUGCGCCCAGAUUUCGUGCUUUUGGAGCUUUGCAACGAGCGCAUCUCCAUCCUCUCCCUGGACAAGUUUGAGGAACCAAAUUUCGGGGCAGCCGUUGCUGCGAUACGGUCAGGAAAGAGCACGCCCUUCCAGGCCCUGUACUCCUGGUUGCUAGCCAAAGUGGCAACCAACCUUGAGAUCAAGCCUGGGGAGGAGUUUAGGGUGGCGCUGCGAUCAGCACAGCAAGUUGGGGCCAAGGUGGUGCUAGGCGAUCGACUUGUUUCUGUGACCCUUGCACGCGUGUGGGGGGGCCUUUCCAUCUGGGAGAAGCUGUCGCUGGUCAAGAACCUGACGUGGACUGGAUUCAGCAUGCUGGAUGCCGAGGCUCUCACCAAAGAGAUAGAAUCCAUGAAGGAGGCCGACGUCCUGACAGAGGCAAUCCUGGAGUUUGGGAAGGAGUACCCAGGAAUGAUUGGGCCGCUCCUGACCGAGCGCAACCUCUACAUGGUGUACAUGAUGCGAAAGCUCGCGGCACAUGCGUCUUCUGUGGUGGCGGUGGUAGGAGCAGGACAUUUGCAAGGCAUCCGCGAGAACUGGGAAUCGGCUAUCGACAUCGAGGCGCUGAUGGAGCUUCCCCCCGACCGCCCGUUACGCCGGCGGCUCAUCAAGCUGGGAGCUUUGGCUGGGAGCGUCCUGGCCGUGACCCUUGUUGUGCGAUUCGUCCUGAAAAGGCGUGCUUGA